AUGAGCCUAGAUCGUCAAGAUGCUACUCAGAAGAACGAGGUGGAAAGUACGGCAAAGCCUGCAUUGCCAAACCUGUCUCAAUUGCCCUCGUCUCCGAGUUCGGCCACGGAUGCUGUGGAUGAGCAAUCACCAUCUUUGAGGCAGCAAACCACCAACAAGCUUGCCGAACCGGUAGUAGCAGCUUUCAUGGCUGGUGGAGUAGCGGGUGCGGUGUCCAGAACGAUAGUGUCACCACUCGAACGAUUGAAGAUCCUACUUCAAAUUCAAAGUGUUGGCCGAGAGGAAUACCGGCUGUCGAUUUGGAAAGCUCUCGUCAAGAUGGGACGAGAGGAGGGCUGGCGGGGCUUCAUGCGAGGGAAUGGCACGAAUUGUAUCCGCAUCAUCCCCUACUCGGCAGUACAAUUUGGAAGCUAUAAUUUCUACAAAAGAUUUGCAGAGUCUGCAGAUGGCGAUAUGACGCCCAUGCGCCGUCUCGUUUGUGGAGGUGCAGCAGGCAUCACCUCAGUCACCAUUACCUACCCGCUUGACAUCGUUCGGACAAGGCUUUCCAUUCAGUCAGCCUCGUUUGCUGAGCUCGCCAAGGAGCCAAGCGAAAAAUUGCCUGGGAUGUUCACCACGAUGGUGUUGAUAUACAAGAAUGAAGGUGGUAUGGUGGCUCUCUAUCGCGGAAUUGCGCCAACCGUCGCUGGAGUUGCCCCCUACGUUGGCCUGAAUUUCAUGACCUACGAAUCAGUGCGCAAGCACUUGACCCCCGAGGGCGACAAAAACCCAAGCCCUUAUCGAAAACUACUGGCUGGAGCCAUCUCUGGGGCCGUGGCACAGACCUGCACAUAUCCCUUUGAUGUCCUGCGACGACGGUUUCAGAUCAACACAAUGUCCGGGAUGGGAUAUCAAUACACGUCGAUUUGGGAUGCUGUGAGAGUGAUUGUGGCCGAGGAAGGCUUGCGCGGACUUUUCAAAGGGAUAGGACCCAACCUGCUCAAAGUCGCCCCCAGUAUGGCCAGCAGCUGGUUGAGCUUUGAACUGACGCGCGAUUUCUUCGUCAGUCUGGGUGAUAAGGAAUAG